GAACCGUGAUUUUCAUGACAGGGUCCGUUCCAUAAGGGAACAAGCGACAGGGUCUCCUCCCUGGAACAAUUCCCCUGGACGUAGCGAGCACCUUCAUGGGUAAGAUAACUUUAGUGUAGAGAGAGCCCCUGGCGCCUCCAUGCGCCUCCUGUCCGUUCCUGACAGAUAUGCGCCGCCUGUCCACCGCCACUGCUAAAGAUUUACAAGAUACCCCUCCUUACCCUGUGCUAUCCUACGGGGAUCCCGACGACCAAAUAUCUUCCAGAGACUCCUUGGCUUGUCAAAUCUUAAAGCUGCUGUCUUUGUCGCUCUGAUAGCAGCAACUGGUAACUUUUACGGCAGCCAUCCCAUUUCUCAUAUCUUUAAGGAGCGAUUGAUUGUUGCUCUCAAUAUGGUUGCAGACAUCAACAUCGACGUACUCAUCAUCGGUGCAGGCCCAACGGGCUUGGGCGCUGCCAAGCGUCUGCAUCACCUUAAUGGCCCAUCAUGGUUGAUUUUGGACUCCAGCGAAAAGGCUGGUGGUCUUGCUUCCACUGAUGUUACUCCGGAAGGCUUUCUCUACGAUGUGGGAGGCCAUGUGAUUUUCUCUCACUACAAGUACUUCGAUGACUGUCUUGACGAGGCCCUCCCCAAGGAGGACGACUGGUUCACUCACCAGCGCAUCUCGUACGUGCGGUACAAGAACCUGUGGGUUCCUUACCCCUUCCAGAACAACAUCUCGAUGUUGCCCAAGGAGGACCAGGUCAAGUGCAUAGAUGGUAUGAUUGACGCAGCCCUCGAGGUGCGCGUUGCCAACACCAAGCCUAAGGACUUUGACGAGUGGAUCAUGCGCAUGACUGGCGAGGGUGUGGCCGACAUUUUCAUGCGUCCAUACAACUACAAGGUCUGGGCUGUGCCGACGACCAAGAUGCAAUGUCAAUGGCUCGGUGAGCGGGUGGCCGCACCAGAUGUCAAGUUGGUGACCAAGAAUGUUAUUCUCGGCAAGGUCGCGGGCAACUGGGGUCCCAACGCCACUUUCCGCUUCCCAGCUAGGGAUGGCACAGGAGGCAUCUGGAUUGCUGUGGCUGACACGCUGCCCGAUGAGAAGAAGCGCUUCGGCAAGAAGGGCGAGGUUAGCAAAGUUGACGCUGAGAACAAGGUCGUCACGAUGGCCGACGGUACCACCAUCGGUUAUGGCAAGCUGAUAUCAACCAUGCCCGUUGACCACCUCGUCGAGAAGAUGGACCGUCAAGACCUCGUGUCGCUUUCACAAGGUCUAUUCUACUCGUCGACUCACGUGAUUGGAAUUGGACUCCGGGGUGAGCGUCCUGAGCGUAUCGGCGACAAGUGCUGGCUCUACUUCCCCGAGGACAAUUGCCCAUUCUAUAGGGCGACUGUCUUUUCGAACUACUCGCCGUACAACCAACCCGAUGCCGAAAAGAAGCUGCCGACCAUGCAACUGGGAGACGGCUCCAAGCCUUCGUCGAGCGAGGUCAAGGGAGGCCCAUACUGGUCUAUCAUGCUUGAGGUGUCCCAGUCAACCAUGAAGCCCGUUGACGAGGAGAACCUUUUGAGGGACUGCAUACAGGGUCUUGUCAACACGGACAUGAUCAAGGCCGACGACGAGAUUGUAUCAACGUACCAUCGCAAGUUUGAUCACGGAUACCCCACGCCGACACUAGAGAGAGAAGGUGUGCUCAAGGAGUUACUCCCGAAGCUGCAGGACAUGGAUAUCUACUCCCGCGGACGUUUCGGCAGCUGGAGGUACGAGGUCGGCAACCAGGACCACUCAUUCAUGCUUGGUGUCGAGGCUGCGGACCACAUAGUUACGGGCGCUGUGGAGCUCACCCUCAACUACCCAGACUUUGUCAACAGCCGUCAAAAUAACGAAAGGAGGCUUGCGCAGCAAGGCUUCCGCCCCGAGGCCAAUGGUGUGCCACUUAGAUAAGAGCAAUCACCCUCGUCUUUUCCGAGGCUUUCGUUGCAAGUAUAUAGUUGAUUUGGGGGGUCCAUACAGGGUCGAUAGAUGUAGCUUUUGUCUACCAAGCAUAGACAUAAAUCUGACAGAACCAGAAGAGUACUGUUGCCGCGUUCGGUGAAACCAGUCGCGCCUUUUUUUUUCUCGUUAUCAUCU